CAUAACGAUCUUCCUACCUUCGAGAACGGCGAGCGCGGCUGUGCGGUGACAAAUCCACGGCGGCUCCGACCCGGCGACCUUUCCCCCUCCCUUCGAGAACGGCGGCGCACUCCCUGUUGACGGAUACAGGCUACUCUCUCCGGUGACGCGACGGCGAGGCCUACAAGCGGCGGCGCAACCCGAGAUUUGUCUCUGUUGUUUGAGGAGUGGUUGCAUGGCUGAUAAUAAAGUUGACAUUAUUAGUACCUCAGCAGAAACAAGAUCAGACAAUUUUAAGAUUAAAAAAGGGGAUAGACUCAUAUUAAGGGGUCUGAAGUUUAAAGGUUAUCAUGGGGUGCAUCUUAGAGAAAAGGAAAUGGGACAAAUGUUUUUGGUGGAUUUGGAUGCUUGGUUGGAUCUCCGGGCAGCUGGAAAAUCUGAUGACUUGACUGAUACUGUAAGCUACACUGCUAUUUAUCGCAUAGCAAAGGAAGUUAUGACUGGACCAUCACACGAUCUUCUGGAAUCAGUUGCUGAGGAAAUUUCUUCGAAAAUAAUGAUCGAGUAUGGUCGAAUAACAGCGGUUCGGGUGAAAGUUGCGAAGCCUGAUCUUGAUCUUGGUGGACCAAUUGACUACUUAGGUGUUGAGAUUUUCAGAAGUAGAGAUAAAGAUGUACCGAUCUGAUUCGCUUGUUAAUUAUUCAAACAUGAACUCUACUUAUCUAUGUUUAAGAAGACAUAAACUUGUAUGGAAAUGAAAUAAAGUUCUUGUUAAUUCAUUAUAUUUGAUGA